AUGAAGAAGACAUUGCCUCACAUCGUCAAAUUACUCGUAGAGUUACCAGUUUUAUUCGCUGAAGAAAUCCCGCUUGUUGACGGUGUUAGUGCCAGUAACUUGUCCCUGACUAAACACCAAUGUGCAUCUCUUCUAGCCGCUGCUUUUUUCUGUGCAAACACUGCUGACUGCCAACCUUUACCGGCCGAUAACUACCAGACUCUUGUUAACUUCGACUCGUGGCUUCAGUCACCGAGCUACAGCAGCAAAGCUAAACUGUUUAUGUUGAUGAACUACUUCGAACGCUCUAGACUAGAGAUAAAAGAUGAUAAGUUUGAAAUACACCGCAUAAAGUUAACAAAGCGGCCCUCCCUUGCUAGCUGGGUUAAGAACAGUUCGCCCCUCACUGAGUUCACAGUUUGUAACGAGGGUGGUAUAACUGAGAGUAAUGGGUGUAAUGUGCUGCAUGUGGACUUUGCUAAUGAGUAUAUCGGAGGGGGAGUAUUGCACAUGGGCGCAGUACAAGAGGAGAUAAUGUUCAGUGCGUGUCCCGAGUUGCUAGUGUCCCUUAUGUUCUGCAGUGUCAUGGCUGAUGACGAAGCCCUGGUUCUUGUCAACGCUGAAAGGAUAGCUGAAUAUUCAGGUUACAACACGGGGUUACAGUUUGCCGGAGAUUAUGUUGAGACAGAUUCAGGGGUGUGCAGGGUAGCUAUUGAUGCGACCUGUUAUGGGCGGGGGACGGGAUCUGAUCAGCAAUAUUCACAAAAAAAGUUAUUGCGGGAACUCAACAAAGCACUAGUUGGAUUUGAUCACGAGUUCCCAACCAAAGAGUCUGAUGUGGCUACAGGUAAUUGGGGAUGUGGAGCGUUUGGAGGUAACAUUCAGCUGAAGUCGCUGUUGCAAUGGUGUGCUGCCAGCGCUGCUGGUAGAGGGGUCAGGUACUACACAUUCAAUGACAGGAACUGUCAGGGGUUGGAUUCCGUUGUUCGUUAUCUUAGUGAGAAAUCGCUAACUGUUGGAUUAGUCGUGCAAGCUAUUCUAGAUUACUGUGAAAUAAGGGGUUCGGGUAAAGGCGGGGCAUUGUUUGAUUUUAUCAGCAAAGUUUUGUAA